AUGACUUCUAAAGGUAAUUGCUUUGCCGGACUCUGGAGUCUUCGGCGAAUAGAAGAUGAAAAGGAUCGUCACAAUGGAACAAUACUUAGGCAUUUUAGCAACACUAACCAUAAGCUCACAAUAUUAACGAACGAUAAUGAUUAUUAUCUCCAACGAAUAAUAAUAUUGACAAUUCACUCGCUACCACCACCGUAUCCUUUAAAAGCCUCCACCAGUACCAAGCCGAAGCCAGCGUUUACCUACAUGCCACACACAGACUACGUACGCCUUAGUCACGCAAGGCUUCCCUCCUCGACGCCCUCUCUGUCAUCCUCUUCAUCGACAACUGCCAAUACCUCCCCAUCGUCAUCCCGUGCACCUACUCCAACGCCUUCCGAUACCGAUACUCGUACAUGGACGAGUGGAAACCAAGACAUUGAUGAUUUUAUCAUAUUUACUCAAUUAGACUCGAGGCAUUUCUGGUCUCACCUGGAAUGGAUACCAUACGAGCGCAUUGCCAAUAUUCAACAUAUUGCGGAUGGCGGGUUUGGAAGUGUGUCUAAAGGAAUAUGGAUCGAUGGACCAAAAUGGCCUGCGUGUGACGAUCACAAAAUGUUAACAAGGACUUCCGGGAAGAGGGUUGCGUUGAAGAGGUUUAGGAAUGGACAGUGGAGUCGAAAGUUUCUUGAUGAGUUAAAAUCAUACUACCGUUGCACUGACAAAGGGUUCAUAAUUCCCUGCUAUGGUAUAACACGUGACCCCAAUACCAACGAAUAUCUACUGGUCAUGGAAUUCGCUGAAGAAGAUCUCCAUUCCUACCUCCACACCGAAGCCUACGUCCAAUCACGCUGGCGUAAUAAACUUCUUCGCCUCCGUGAAAUAGCCAAUGGGCUUCGUAUCAUCCACGAGAAAGACCUCUAUCACGGAGAUGUACAUAGUGGAAAUAUAUUAAGAGGGUCGAGAUAUCUACGAGGAGGAUCCAUAUAUAUCGGGGAUUUAGGACUAUGUAAACCAUGCAACAGAGACUCGAAGAAUGACGAGAUAUACGGCGUAAUCCCAUACACAGCACCCGAGAUAUUAAUGGGAGAAAAGAUAGGCAAAGCGGCAGAUAUCUAUGCUUUUGGAGUGAUUAUGUGGGAAUUUGCUGCUCGCGAGCGACCAUUUGCAGAUAGACCACACGAUGCUCAGUUGAUAAUCGACAUAUGCGAUGGUCUGCGUCCGCCUAUCCCGUCUGAUGUUCCGUCGUGUUAUCGUAAUUUACUCGUGCGAUGCUGGGCUUCUGAUCCAAAUAGUCGACCGACCGCCGAUGAAUUAUGGAAUGUAUUUGCUGAUUGGAUAUUCCAUAGUAAAAAUAAGGAUCAGUUCGACAGAGCAGACAAUAGGCGGAAAUACAAGUUGGAGUCUGGAUUACCGGUGAGACUACCGAGCAUCUUAGUACAUCCUGAGGCAGUGUACAAGAGUCAGCCGUUGGGAGACAUGAUUAAAUCUGCUGCGCAGAUAAGGAAAGCUAAAAAGGCAGAUGAUGAUGUUAAAAGAGUUUAUUGUUCCACUUUGUACGUUGACGUGGAUGAAGUGAAAAAUUACUUGGAAUUAAUGACAUUUAAUUUGUAA